AUGGAUGACUUCGGCAAAAAGUCAGCAAAUGCAACACACGACGAGGUCGCAGGUACGGAUGAUACCAACUCCGCACCUGUACAUCUAUUGCGACUUCUUAAAGAUGAGAACCUUCACAGGAAACCUGGGAGUCGGGAACAAGUGAAUGGUCGUAAUGGAUCAACGGACUCUGUUCUACAGAAACUGGGGCUUCAUGACCAGACGCUCAAUCCAUCUAGUCCGACUUUCGACUUUCAGGAGUGGUCUCGUUUGUUAGUUAGAUUGAGAAACCAUUUGAACGUACCAACCCCGCCGCGUUCCGGAUUUACCUUCAAGAGCUUGACUGUCCACGGUAGUAGUUCCGGUAGCAAGCACCAAGACACUGUCUGGACACUGCUCACCUUUCCUCUCAACUUCAGGACUUGGUUUCGUCAAAAGGAGACCAAAACCAUCUUACAAGGACUAGACGGAGUGGUUCACAAAGGAGAGCUUUUGCUUGUUCUUGGACGUCCUGGUAGCGGUUGCUCAACGUUCCUCAAGACCAUCACAGGUCAAAUGGGAGGCCUUGAAAUUGGCCCAGGAUCCAGUAUACAAUACACAGGCGUGCCGCACCAGAUCAUGACCCGUGAGUUUCAAGGAGAGCUCAUCUACAACGGAGAGGUAGAUGAGCAUCUCCCGUAUUUGACGGUUGGACAGACUUUAGAGUUUGCCGCCGCUAUGCGUACACCAAGGGCUCGUCUUCCUGGGAUCACUCGGAAAGACAGAGUUAAGCAUGUGGUACAGGUUGUGUUGACUAUCUUUGGCCUCUCGCAUACGAAGAACACUAUUGUUGGAAAUGAUUAUGUACGAGGAGUCUCUGGUGGUGAAAGAAAGAGGGUCUCGAUUGCAGAGACUGCGCUCUCCGAAGCCGCUAUAUCUGCAUGGGAUAACUCUACUAAAGGUCUGGACGCCGAGUCUGCCCUACAUUUCGUGAGUCGAUUACGUACUCUCUCUGACUUGACCCAAACUUCCAGCGCAGCGGCGAUAUAUCAGUCUUCGCAAGCCAUCUUUGACCUAUUCGACAAGAUCCUCGUCCUAUAUAAGGGGAGAGAAAUAUUUUUCGGUCAUGCUUCUUCUGCCUCAGCUUACUUCGAACGCAUGGGCUGGCACCGCCACCCAAGACAGACAUCGGGAGACUACUUAACCACAAUCACUGAUCCUGAGCAACGAGUAGCAAAGGAGGGCCAGGAGGAUUCUGUGCCUAGAACACCUGAAGAAUUCAGCAAUUAUUGGAUCAAUUCCCCGGAAUAUGCUUCUCUUAUGAGAGAAAUCAAACAGUGUCAUAAGGACUCCGAUCUCGAACAAGAGACGACACGAAAGCAGUUCCAGGAGAUCCGCCAUAAGCUCAAGGCAAAGGGAAUGCUGAGACGCGCUACACAAACCGUCUCGUUUCCCAUGCAGACUGCUCUAUGCGUCAAACGAUCAGUGCAACAGCUCUGGAAUGAUAAAGGCUCAACCUUGACAACACUGGUUGGAGAGAUUAUUAUUGCACUUGUCGUGGGGUCUAUCUUUUAUGGUACUCCUGACACUACCGAUGCCUUUUUCGCUUAUGGGUCAGUCCUUUUCUUCUCGGUACUUCUCAAUGUCUUGAUGUCUGUAACAGAUAUCCACAACUUAUACCGAGGCCGCUCAGUCAUCACAAAACAAGUGUCUUACGCAUUUUAUCGGCCAUCAGCCGAUGCCCUGGCCAGCGUUCUGGUUGACAUUCCUGUGAAGUUUGUGAUUGGCGUUUUCUUCAAUGUUAUUCUUUAUUUCUUAGCUGGUCUUGCGUUGACAGCAUCUCAAUUCUUCAUCUUCUUCCUUUUUGUAUUUACGACGACAUUGGCAAUGUCUAUGGUCUUUCGCACUAUUGCUGCUGCAACUGUUACUCUACCACAAGCUAUGGCGCUGUCUGGCUUUCUGGUACUUGCCUUGGUCACGUACACUGGCUUUGUUCUGCCUAGUCCUUAUAUGCACCCUUGGUUCAAAUGGAUCUCGUACAUCAAUCCACUUUCCUAUGCCUUUGAGGCAUUGCUGGUCAAUCAAGCCCAUGGCACCAAUUAUCCCUGUUCCCAUAUAGUGCCGUCUUACCAAGAUCUUGUCGGAGACACCUUCAUUUGUCCAGUUCCUGGAUCAGCGGCUGGGCAGACGUACGUUAACGGGGACGCCUGGUUCGAGACAAGCUAUGAUUAUAGCUAUUCGCACUUGUGGCGCAACCUUGGCAUUAUCUUUGGGUUUUUAUUCUUCUUCCUAUUCUUAUAUCUGCUUAUAUCUGACCUCAACGUUAACACUUCCGUUGGUGCCGACAUUCUUGUGUUCCUUGGCAAUAAUCCGGCCACAAGAAAAGCCGAUACAAAGCUUAAAGGCAGAGUGGAUGUUGAACAACCGUUAGUGGUCAACAACACAUCCAUCGAAGUUGCAACGGUUGAAGAAACAGUACCCCAAGUAAACCAGGCUGUGUUUGCGUGGAGGAAGUUGAACUUUGAUGUUGUGAUUAAAGGCGAACCAAGGCGUCUACUCGACGAGGCAUGCGGCUGGGUGAAACCCGGCUCGAUGGUCGCUUUGAUGGGUGUAUCGGGUGCGGGCAAGACGACACUCUUAAAUGCAUUAGCCCAACGAAUGCCUACGGGUCAAAUCCAAGGCGAAUUCUUUGUGAAUGGCGGGCCUUUGCCACCGUCUUUCAAAAGCGAUGUGGGCUAUGUACAGCAGCAAGAUGUCCAUCUUGAGACAUCCACUGUACGCGAGGCUUUACAGUUCUCGGCCAUGCUGAGACAAUCUAGUGAUGUGCCCAUACGGCAAAAGCUCCAAUUUGCUGAGGAAACAAUCCAUCUUCUUGGCAUGGACGACUUUGCCGAUGCUAUUAUUGGUUUGCCGGGCAAGGGACUUAAUGCUGAGCAGAGAAAACGUCUCAGUAUUGGAGUUGAACUAGCCGGGAAACCAUCCCUCCUACUGUUUCUGGAUGAACCGACUUCUGGACUUGAUAGCCAAUCCUCUGAAGCAAUUUUGGCAUUACUGAAGAGAUUGGCAGGUGGUGGGUUAGGCAUUCUGUGUACCAUUCACCAACCAAGCGCGAUGCUAUUUCAACGAUUCGACAGACUCUUGCUGAUGGCACGUGGCGGUAAGGUCGCAUAUUUUGGAGAUAUAGGGAAGGACUCGGAGGAUGUGCUUCGGUACUUUGGUGCUCGAGCACACAGAAAAUGCAAGGGCGCUGAGAACCCCGCCGAGUACAUACUUGGCAUGAUCGGCAACACGGAAAAUCAACAGAUCGACUGGUCUACGUUGUGGAACCAAUCUCCAGAAGCGAAGGUUGUUACAACUGAACUGGAAAGUGUCUCACUGCCUUCCUCAAAGACUUCUCUCCCAGAUAGAUCAGCUCAAGUCCAAAGAUCUGGAUCUUAUCCUCUUCCAUUGAUAUCCCAACUGCCAAUUGUUUGUCAGCGAGUCUUUCGACAAUAUUGGCGAUCGACAACCUACAUUGCAAGCAAAUUCAUGUUGGGUAUCUGUGGUACGUUAUUCAUCGGAUUCUCAUUUUUCCAGCCUGGUCAAUCAAUCUUGGGCACUCAAAACGCCAUCUUUUCUAUUCUCAUGGUCUGCGCAAUGUUCAGUAGCUUGGUCCAACAGAUCAUGCCUAAGUUCAUCAUGCAGAGGACGAUUUACGAAGUUCGUGAAAAGCACUCUAACAUGUAUUCCUGGGUUGUUCUCAUCCUUUCCAAUAUUCUUGUGGAGAUACCAUAUCAUAUCGUCCUCGGUGUCAUGACAUUUGCGACAUUCAACUACACCGUAUUUGGCAUACGAUCAUCACAAGAUCAAGUUCUAGUUUUAUUGUUUUUUACUUACUUUUACAUGCUUAUUGGCACGUUUGCAGUCAUGGUUACGGCUCCUUUGCCUGACGCGACCACAGCUGGCCGUAUCACGACAGUCCUGUUUUCGAUGAUGCUCCUCUUUGCUGGUGUGUUUCAGGUCCCCAGCGCUCUUCCGGGAUUCUGGAUCUUUAUGUAUCGUGUUUCACCAAUGACGUAUCUUGUUGGUGGUAUUGCUGUCUCGGGGCUUGCGGGAAAUCAGGUCAGGUGUUCGCAGUCCGAACUUGCCAUUUUUCAGCCACCGGCUGGACAGACCUGUGGGUCAUAUAUGCAGGCGUAUCUGGAGCAGGGUGCUUCCGGGACGCUUCUAAAUCCUGGAGCCACUACUGAUUGCUCUUAUUGUCCGUUGACAUUUGCUGAUCAGAUCCUGGCCCGUUCCGAUAUGCACUACAGCGAUAGGUGGAUGGACUGGGGUGUUGGAUUUGCUUACAUAGCUUUCAACGUUGGUGCAACGUUCCUGUUUUAUUCAUUGUCACGAUUAGGACUUCUCAGCUUGGGGAUUCGGAAGGUUUCACAGCUAUUUCGGCGGGAAAGGUCUGACUAG